GGUAGAGGCACUUCCGGGCGGUAGUGGCACUUCCGGUUGGCUGUGAUGGCUCCGGACCCCUGGCUCUCGCAGUACGACGCCGCCUGCCAGCUGGCCCAGGAGGUGGCCGAGCGGAUCCAGGAGCGCAGCCGGCAUCGGCGCAACGGGGAGAGCUCGGCCAAGCUCAAUGUGAUCAUCAGGUCAUCACUGCAGAAUCUCAAAGAGAAGAUUGAUCAGCUGAAGGACUCCCUGCUCCGGGCUGUGUCAACGCACCAGAUCACCCAGCUGGAGGGAGACAGGAGGCAGAACUUGGUGGAUGACCUUCUCACACGACAGAAACAACUUCAGGCAUCUUACAAGAACGAGGGCACAGAACCAGAUGUGAUCAGAUCUAGCCUAAUGGCAGGAGGUGUCAAACGAGGAGUGACCAACCCGUGGCUCCUGGAGGAGUCUGAGGAAACCAGGGGGCUUGGCUUCGAUGACAUCAGGCAGCAGCAACGGAGGAUCAUAGAAGAGCAAGACGCCGGCCUUGAUGCUCUUUCUUCAAUCAUAUCCCGGCAAAAGCAAAUGGGACAGGAAAUUGGGAAUGAGCUGGACGAGCAGAACGAGAUCAUCGAUGACCUCACGAACCUGGUGGAGAACACGGACAGCAAGCUUCGCACUCAGACACGGCACGUGAAGAUGGUGGACAGGAAGUCAACGUCCUGCGGAAUGCUGGUGGUGAUCGUGCUGCUGCUGAUUGCCAUCGCUGUGGUCGCUGUCUGGCCGACGAAGUAGGGGGGGCCGAUGGAGCUGCAGCUGAGCUCCACAGAGAGCCCCGUGCUGCACAGAGCCCUGCUGUGCUUCCCGGGAGCCCCGCAGCGUCAGCAUGAAGCCGUGUCCAGCAGACGCCGUCCCUCCGCUCGGCGCACGGCUGAGGAUUCUCUCCCUGCCUGGGUUGGGAGGACGCAGCUGUGCAAUGGCUGCACGUCCCAGAGCAGCUCCACCACAAGAGCCACGAUGUGCUCCCUGCCUGCCCGCUGCUGCUGGGUACGGGGGGCCCCUGGGUGCACAGUGUGCUUAAAGCACAGCCGCCCUGUUGUGCCGUGCCCUGGGACGUGUGCUGGUAUCCCUGCUCCCGUCCUGGGCUGAGAUCUGCCUCCUCCUUUUAUAAUUUUAAACUGAAGGGAAGGAUGACUUAUUAAAAACGACAGAAAAGUGAUACUGAACAUUCAUUCAUGGCCAAAAAAAAACCCCAAUUGUUAUUUUGUUAUCGUUGCCAAUUUGAUUUCUGACUUGGUAGAGCAAGCAAUAACUACAGAAUAAAAGCCGGUCUGUUUCUAUA